GACGACCAACGUUUACUCCCUCCUCAAAAUACCCCGGAAAGUGACCCUGUCUGUAUCAGACCAAUGAGAAGAGCUCGCAGGUUCCAAACAGCACAAACCUGCAGGCUGCAGACACAGACUCUUGACUGAGAAACCCGGAAAUGAUGGUGACAGUGACAUGACAGAGUGCCACCGACACACACAGACGGUCCCCCACAAGGACGUUUCAACUCGGGGACGAGGGAAGCCAUCAGCGUGGGAAUCACGCAGCACUAAGUGCUGGAGGACAGAGGACAGCAAGUCCCUACUUCCGUCCACAACCCCUCCCGCUGCGUUCCAUUCCUGCAGUGCCACGGAGAGCCACGCAGGUGAGCGUGUGGGGCCGGAGAGCCAGCGCAGGGGAGAGGGUGUGGGGCCGGAGAGCCAGUGCAGGGGAGAGGGUGUGGGGCCGGAGAGCCAGCGCAGGGGAGAGGGUGUGGGGCCGGAGAGCCAGCGCAGGGGUGAGCGUGUGGGGACGGAGAGCCAGCGCAGGGGUGAGGGUGUGGGGCCGGAGAGCCAGCGCAGGGGAGAGGGUGUGGGGCCGGAGAGCCAGCGCAGGGGUGAGGGUGAGCGUGUGGGACCGGAGAGCCAGCGCAGGGGAGAGGGUGUGGGGCCGGAGAGCCAGCGCAGGGGUGAGCGUGUGGGGACGGAGAGCCAGCGCAGGGGUGAGGGUGUGGGGCCGGAGAGCCAGCGCAGGGGUGAGGGUGUGGGGCCGGAGAGCCAGCGCAGGGGAGAGGGUGUGGGGCCGGAGAGCCAGCGCAGGGGUGAGGGUGAGCGUGUGGGGCCGGAGAGCCAGCGCAGGGGAGAGGGUGUGGGGCCGGAGAGCCAGCGCAGGGGUGAGGGUGAGCGUGUGGGGCCGGAGAGCCAGCGCAGGGGAGAGGGUGUGGGGCCGGAGAGCCAGCGCAGGGGUGAGGGUAUGGAACUGGAGAGCCAGCUCAGGGGUGAGGGUUUGGAACUGGAGAGCCAGUACAGGGGUAAGAGUGUGGGGCUGGAGAGCGAGCACAGGGGUGAGGGUGUGGGGCCGGAGAGCCAGUGCAGGGGUGAGGGUGAGCAUGUAGGACUGGAGAGCCAGCGGAGGGGUGAGCAUGUGGGGCCGGAGAGCCAGCGCAGGGGUGAGGGUGUGGGGCCGGGGAGCCAGAGCGGGGGUGAGGGUGUGGAACUGGAGAGCCAGCACGGGGGCGAGCGUGUGGGGCUGGUGGCCGACCAUCCCGCCUGGACCCCAGGGCCACACAGAGGCUCCAGAGAACCUUCCUCCUUCUUGAGCUCUCGUGGAUUUUGGAGCCACAGGCUUUAAAAACUGGGGAGAAAUGUUGGAGGAAAAGGUCACGAAAUCACCAAGUGACUGAAACCACCCUGCCCACCGAGCCACAGAACCAAAAGAGUAAAUAAGGGCGAGAAACCUAACCCGGAUCAACUCUGUGGGUCCCCGCAGGGAGCUGCGUGGACACAGGACAAGCCGCUCCAUCCCGCACGUGCUCUGGCUGGGCCCGCGUGUGUCCCCACAGAGCAUGUCGGCGGGGCCGGCAGGCAGACGCUGCCAACACAGGCACGCUCACAAAAUGUCAACUCCAGUCCACGUUCAACAAGGUGGCGUGAAACGCACAUCACCCGCGCGGCGCGGGUCGGGCACGUUCCAGGCCGUGUGCGCGAGCAAGGCCGGCCCACUGGCAACGCUGACUGAGAAGUGUCGCCGAGAAGCCGUCACUACGGAGGCCCUGCACAUGUCCCAGCGAUGCUGCUGUCAGCCCAGUGUUAAGUCCUGUUUUAGAAUUCUCUGAGAGACGCCCCCCCCGCCACGUCUGUCACUUGCCAUCCUCUGCACUGACAGGGGCAGGUGUCCCGGGCACACAGCGGGGCCUCGCCGACAACCUCAAGGUGGCGGACCUUGGCCUCCGAGGACACACUACACUCAGGGGCCAAACAGCCUCGGUGCCAAGGUGUCUACACAACGAGGGUAGCCAGGUGAGGAGCGUGUUGGGGACGGGACACACCUGCGGCUGGAGACCCGCUUGGGGUCGACUGGACUACACCCAGGGUCCCUGUGGGGCCUGACGGACAGACCACGGGCCCUCAGCUCUCCUGGCGGGGGGCGGGGGGGGGGGGGCUGGCAGGCUUCUCCGCAGGCACGGAGACCACCCCUGCCUCCCACAGCAGCGCGCUCCCCCGACCUGCCAACGGGUCCGCACCCUGGGGACGACCCAGACACCCAACGUGUUCAGGAAGUAGCACCCUCCCCAGGGCCAGCGUGGCCACAGGGGCGCCGGCUCCAAGCGGGCCUGUGGGGCAGCCGACCCCACGCUCCGCUCCCCCACCAGGCACUGAGGCCGGCACCCCUGCGCGACAUCGAGGGGCCGCCCGCACCGCCUGUCUGAACCCCGCCCAGCAGCCGGAGCCCACACCCCACUUACUUUCAGCCUGUCCAGCUCCAGCUGCU